AUGUCAAAGCCGCGGAGUCAAUUCUCAGAGAGUUUGAAACAACAACCACUACGAGAUAAGCUUGUUUCAAAGCAAGCAAAGGAUUUGGGAACACAGGUAAGGGGCUUCCUAUUUUAUUCAUGAUAGCGUGCAACCGCUGAUAUGGCAAAUCGAGGAGACCUUGCGCUUCUUGAAUAUAAACUCCGAGGAAAUAUCAACUAUACAGCUCUGUGAUAUGCGUAUAUUUAUAUUUAGGCUAAUCAAUCGGGCCAACUUCAAAUUCUUAUAAAGCAGAGUUUAAGUGUUUAAAUGUAAUAUAAAUUAUUUCUUCAAAAGGAAAUGAAACGCAUCUGUGUACAUAGAAACAAUAAUGUGAGGGUAGGAGUAAGGAGAAGGUUUAGGGAGGGUGUGUGGUUGAUUUCACAAGUGAACUGCUAGAUCAGAAAAAACCUCUGGUUUCCCAUCCAACAACGAACAUUUUAAGGAGAACAGGUUAAUAGUAACAAGGUCUCUUAGUUCAAAGUGUAGGGAAAUGCUUCAACAUAGACAGUGGCGGAUCCAGGGAAUCCUUACUUUUACACCAAACUGAAGCCGACCACCCCUCUUAUCUAAGGGUCUGGAUGAUCACCCCCCCUCCCCCCCCCCUAAUCUGAAGGUCUGGGUCGGCCACUGAUAGGUUUUCUGUCUAUUAACAGAUAUUAAAUCCCACAAGCACAAAGUGUUAUGGGAAGACGGUAGCCUGCGAGCAAGCUCUCCUAUUUGGGCGAGCGAAGCGAGCCGCGCGAGAACGCCCCCCGCAGUCGCGUUUCCCCUCUCCCCAAAUGGAGAGCUUGCUCGCAGGCUAGCGUUUCGACCGCAUUCCAUUUGUUGUGGUAAAUCACAAAGUGUACGCCUGUCAGCAUGGUGUGAACAGACAUGUUAGAGAGAAAAAAAGAAAUCAAACGGUUAGUUUAUUUUUCAUAUCGAUUUUCCAAUUUUCGCUUGUACCUCCGCCUGACAUGUGUGUGUGUUCUUUCCUGUAGGGUGUUGACCAUGCUUAUCGAAAAAAUGGAGCUGGCAAACUUCUUCAAGAGUCUAGAAAGCUCAAUUAUCCUGCACCAGUACAUUUGAGAGAGAUCAUCAAAUUCCCAGAGUACAAGGUAAAUACCAACAACAGCGAGAAUUACGGUAGUUACAAAAUUAACCUAAUAGAAUUAACCUCUCGUUAAGCUGCGUUUUUUGUGCUUUUAUGUUAUAUAGAUACCAGAAAAGACAGAGUGGCGUUGUAAGAGCCAGUCCAAGAAGCUACGGCAGGCCAUAGAAGAACCUCUGAAAACCAUCCGACGGUUCUAUCCCUCCAAAGCGACCAUCCGCAGCCAUAUUUACAAGUCAAUUGUUAAGGAAAGGUUCUCAAAAUUUGACCAGGAAGACCUUUUAAAGAGAGUACAGCUUUGGAAAAAAACCUCACCCGAUGACUCUUUCGCAUAUCACCCAUACGCCACCUACGCCAGUGAAGAAGAGAGCACGCGACCUGAAGAGGACAGUGACGGAGAGUCUGACAAUGAGGGAGAGGAUGAGCGAAUAAUUAAGACAUCAACAAAGGGGUUCUUGUUUGUUCAUCAGUCAAAAGAUCAGAGACGACUUUUAGAGCGCCUAGCGAUAUGGAAACGAAAUUUGUAUGCUAGACGCAACUUACAAGACCACAAGAUACAACCUCCCUCUUUUCUUUGUUGUUGUCAAGACUAACGUUGACUAUCAGAUUGUAG